UGGUCUAUAAUACUCUAGCGGCUAAACUUCAGUCCUGAAUAGCAAUAAGUGAAGCUUUUACUACUGGUGGGAAUGUUAAAUGAGGCAAAAUGUGAAUCAAUUUGUGGUCUCCAAAUUAUAUUUUAAACACUUCCAGACGCGUAUUGCUCGUCUGGUGAAGGCGGCCAUUGUUGGUGUUGUUUUUCCGAGAAAAUUUGCUGAGUUUCAUAUCUGACGCCUCCAAAUCUCCUUGUACGACGAAAAUUCCGUUAUCUGUUUUAUUAGAUGGUGUCUACGAUGAAUCCUGAAUAUGAUUACCUUUUCAAAUUGCUGCUGAUAGGAGAUUCUGGUGUGGGAAAGUCCUGCUUAUUGCUCAGAUUUGCUGAUGAUACGUAUUCUGAAAGUUACAUAAGUACAAUUGGAGUAGAUUUUAAAAUUCGAACAGUGACUUUGGAUGGAAAGACAAUAAAAUUGCAAAUAUGGGAUACUGCUGGUCAAGAGCGCUUCCGCACAAUUACAUCCAGUUAUUACAGAGGAGCACAUGGAAUUAUAGUGGUUUAUGAUUGUACAGAUCAAGAAUCUUUCAAUAAUGUGAAGCAGUGGCUGGAAGAAAUAGAACGCUAUGCGAGUGAUUGUGUGAACAAACUUUUAGUUGGAAACAAAUGUGAUCUCACAGCUAGAAAAGUUGUGGACUACACAACUGCAAAAGAAUAUGCCGAUCAGCUUGGUAUUCCGUUCCUAGAAACCUCAGCCAAGACAUCACUCAAUGUAGAGCAGUCUUUCAUGACAAUGGCAGCUGAGAUCAAGAAUCGUGUUGGGCCUCCUUCUUCUGCACCUGAUCCAGCCAGUAAGGUCAACAUUGCUAAGGGCCUGCCUGUGGAUCCUCCCAAAUCAGGAUGCUGCUGAAAUUAGAAUCAUAAAUUGCAGAUGAGGUUACCGUUUCCCAUAUUGCAGUGUUGCAAACAUGAUUUGCCUGGGAGAGCAAUCUUGAUGUGGCAUGAGGUUAUCCAGUGACAAUGGUACAGUGUUUCAUGGUUUUUAUUUGAUUUUGUAUUUAUAAAAUGAAUAGAUUCUACGGAGUUUACUGGAACCCCUUGUGAGGACACUGUUUUGAGUGCCCUGAGGGCAUCAAAUGGCAGAAUGGACUUUUAGAAGUGAUCAGUUGCCACCUGUGCACCACUUUUUAGGCUUAGCAGUACUAAAUGUAUAGAUGUGUCCAGAACAGUGGUUGUUCUGGAAUAGCCCUGUCAUCUGGCAUUGAAUGUGAGGAACAUUUGUGUAUGGUAACUGAAACUAAUAAGUUUGAUAUCUAUAAGCAAGUCACGAUAUGUAAAAAAUAGAUUAUGCAUAUGCAUUAACUUUGGUUUAUGAAUUAUGGCAUUAGGAUACUUCUCUGCAGGGUGGGGAGUGAGUAAAUUAUUGAUUGCAUGCUUGAUGCUUUUUCAUAUUUUAUUCCUUGGAGCCAUUCAGUGUGAUGGUGGGUACCGCAUUUGCUGAAGUAUGCGGUGCACUAGAUCAGAUUGUCAUUCCAUGAAUUGUAAUUCCUGUAGCUAUCACUUGUGGUUCUCCUGAGAAAUAAAUGUUCUGAGUAUGAUAAUGUUUUAUUUUGUUCCUAAAAUUUCUGUUAGUCUUG